CUGAGAUUAAAUUCAUGUACAAAAUAAAAUUUAAAUCUAAUUUAUAACAAUAAAAUGAAUAUAUUAAAUAUUAAUGAAAUUUGUCGUGUAUGUUUAAAUAUAAACGUUCAUAAUACAUAUAAAAUGUCGUCUAUAUUAGAUGAAAUUAUUUCUUUGAAGUUAAAACUUUGCGGUGGAAUUAUAAUUGAUGAGGAAUUUAAUACGGGAUAUCCAAAAUUAAUAUGUGAACCUUGUUGUAAAAAUUUAGAAAUUGCAUAUGAUUUUCGCACAACGUGUGAGAAUUCUGAAAGAGCUUUGAGAAAGCUAAUAUUAGAAGUUGAAGCGACAAAGAAACACAAAGAAGACUCAAAUCUUUUAGAGGAUUUCGAAAAUUCUUCUAAUGAGUGUUUUCCUGAGGUAGAACAUAUAGGAUCCCAUAUAAAGGAAGAAUUGAUGACUAUUGAAGAUAUAAAUGAUUCAAGGUCUUUAGAACGGAACACUUUCAGUGGUAAUAAAUGCGGUGAAAAAAAUCUAGAUUCAUUUUUACAGAGUAAAGAGCAGCAAUUGAAAGUAGGAAAUGAAAUAAGUAAUAAGAUUAGAAAAUAUGUUAAGAAAAGUGUAUUCAAACCGGAAACACCAGGAGAUACAAAAGCAAAAAGAAAAUAUACGAAGAAAACUUUAAUUCAAAAAGCCAAACUUAAAAAGGAAGAUAGCAAAUAUGUUUGUGAAUUUUGUGAUUUAGAAUACAAGGGAAAGAGUUCUUUUACAUACCAUAUGAGAAGGCAUACAAAUGAGCUCAAUUACGUUUGUGAAAUUUGUGGAACUGCAUUUGAAACUAAUUUUAAAUUAAAAAGGCAUUUUCUGAAGCAUAUGGGAACAUUACCAUAUUCUUGUAGAACAUGUGAUAUGAAAUUUUCUAGCAGCAGUAAUCGUGACAGGCAUGAGAGGCGGCUUCACACAACAAUUCGCCCAUUUCAAUGUACUUACUGUGAAAAAGCUUUUAGCUAUUCAGACCAAUUAAAAAAUCAUAUCAGAGUUCAUACAGGUGAAAAACCUUAUGUUUGCGAAAAAUGUGGUUCAGCUUUUAAAAGAAAGAGUCACUUAUCCGCUCAUUCCAAUGCUCUUACACCUUGUGUUAUUAAAAUGACAUUAAAAAAUAAAAUUGUUAAUGAAAAAACAAAACUUUCGAAAAUUUGCAAAAAUAAUACAAUUAAAAGUAAGAGCUCUAAGUCUAGUAACAAAAAUCCUACUAACUCAAAUGUUCGAACAACUGUUAAGGAGAAUAUUUCUACAGCUCAAAAAUGUCAUCCGCAAAUUAAUGCUUUUAUUGCAGAAGAUAAUUACUCUAGUGAUAUUAAAGGUAAACAAAAUGAACCUGAUCAAGAUGCGACUGAAAAUUUUGAAAAUGAAGACCAAUUAAAUUUCUAUAACAUAAACAUAAUUGAACAAAGUCCUUUUGUUAAGAAAAAUGGUACAGAUAAGCAAUAAAAAAUGGUUUUUUUUU